AUGUAUCGCCUGCUCGCCCCCAUUGCUAUCCUGGCUCUGCUCGCCAGCGCCGCCAAUGCUGCAGCCUGCUCACGCUGUCCAGUCUCAAUCACCUACACUACCCCCAGUGGCUGUGUUGCUCUGAACUGCCUCCAACCUACCUGUACCGUAACAACCACAACAACCAUCCCAACAUCCUACUGUAGCACAAAGACUCGCACAGCAUGUCCCCGUUCCUGCGCCCCUUGCUCUACCGAAACCGUCACCGAGCAAGAAGAUCCUGCCGUGGGCCAGCCGACCACUGAUCCCAACACUACUGCCAACCCAGGCGGUCCGAUUGUCAUUCUUCCUACCGAUGCGUCUACGACAAGUGCAUCUCAAGAUUGUGCUCCGUUUACUGUCACGACUACUGCUGACAACCCAGCAUGCACAUUCGACACGUCGGAAUGCAUCAGACCGCUGUGUGUCAUCGAGACGACGACCACGGUUCCCAAUUGUGGUACUCCUGUUACAGAGACCGAACUCGCGACAUGUGCUACUGAGUGUCCUGCUGGUUGUGCCACAUUUACCUAUACAACUAGUGCU